AUGCGACCUGCCGACGUAAUUUCCGAUCGCCGAAAGACUCUUGAGCACAGUGUAAGCGCGAUAAAGAUAGCGGGUCCUGCAAAAUUCAAAGUAGGCGAUUCGGUACGCAUGAGCAAGUACAAGACGAUUUUUGAGAAGAAUUACACACCAAAUUGGACCACCGAGAUGUUUACGAUCGUUAAGGUACAGCAUACCAAUCCCGUAACUUAUCUACUCGAGGACUAUCGUGGAAAAUCCGUCGCUGUAGCGUUCUACGAGCACGAGUUGCACCGCGCUACUCAUCUAGACGUGUAUCUCGUGGAGAAAGUGUUGCGAAGGAAGGGCGACGAAGUGUACGUUAAGUGGCUGGGAUUCGAUGGAUUGCAUAAUUCAUGGAUACACAAAAACAAUGUUAUUUGA